AUGUCAGCACCUGUCGGCCCUAUUCUCGCUCAACUCCAGCAGCUCCCCGUUCGCUCGAGGCAAGGUCUGAACAACCUUCGUCAACGACUCUUCCAGCAGGGUGAGAAGCCAAAGAAGGAAGGCCUGCCCCUUCGAACUUCAUUCAGCAUCCACAAGCCCGUUUGGGUGACCGCUGCUGGUGGUGCUUACACGAGCCUGGCAGCCGUCUACCUCACCAUGCGUUAUCUGAAACACGUCAGAUAA